AUGAAAGACUUGUCGGAAUACUUCGUUUGCUUCCUGGAGUUGCUGCUGCUGCAGCGGCUGCAGGCAGUUGAGGGUUUUGCUGCGCUGCUGCUCAGCAGCAGCAAACUGACUCCUUACCACCUCAAGCUUCUCAAGCUCGAGGAAAAAGCCCUUGUCGACAUCAUCGCCACCGCCGUCAACCUCCUCGUCUACAUCGAAACCGAGGUUUUGGGGCCCCAGGCGAGGGACGAAGAAGACGCAGCACUAGACCCCCGGGCCGUAGUGGAAAACUGCAUAGAUUUAUUUCGGCCAAAAGCAGCAGCAAACCAAACCCCCAUAACUUGCACUUUUGCAAAUGGAUUUCCCUCCACAGCUUUUAUUCGCAAGGACAAGCUCGCCACCACCCUCACCCGCACUCUCGCCUACGUCUUGGACCACUCUGUUGAAAAGGGCGCGGGAGUUGACAUUUAUGUAAAUGCAAAUGUUUCAAAUCAAAGAAAAGAAAGAAAUGAAAAUUCAAACUCUGCUGCUUUCCAGCUUUACGACAUUCGCUUCGAGGUGAAGGGCCAUGGAGUUUGCAUGGAGAACACAAAGGCGCAAAUGAUGGUACAGACGAAGGGCCUCAUCGACAGGCGGGUUACCCAUUGGUCGUUGCCCCAGGGUUUAGGCCGCAUAGCGCAGUCGCUGGGAGGGUUUAUGGAGAUCCAAGCCUCGCCUUCUCGGGGGACUUUUAUUUCUUUUAUUUUCCGGAGAAGAGGGAGGUUUUCUUUGGAAGACAUUGACGGGAGGUUUGCAUCUCUCAAGGGUUUAGGGUCUCAGAUUUUCACUUUGUCUUUGCCGCUGGAGACCAAGCAGUUCUUCGCCUUCCUCGCCAAGGACAUUGGAGUCAAGUGCACCAACUGCUUCUGCCUCCGCCAGCUCAUUCAGGAGCUCAAGGAGGACGACCCGGAGUGCCCCACGUUGGCGGUGUUUUUGGGGGACUUUGUGAAGAGCAGCGCAAACCCUGCAGACAGAGACUCGCGGCCAAUGACUCCGAAAGAAAUAUUCAACAAGUUGCUGCUGCAUGCAGCAGAAGGCAACAAAGAAGUGAAGUUUAGCUUCGUGUCUGCGCGCCAUUUGCUGCAGCAGCAGCAGCAGCAGCAGCAGCAGCAGCAGCAGCAGGACGACUGCAGCAGCCUCCUCAGCAGGCCCGCGCAAACCGCCCGCAGCGUCAGGGCCAGCACUCUCGCCCAAAACGUCGUCUACAGAGAACUGGAGCUUCCGCUCAAGACGAGCGAUGUCAUGGACGUCAUCAUUUUGGCCAUGCAGGAGAGGAUGCAGCAAAGGGAAGAAAGAGCGCGGGCGAAGAGCAAGUUAAAAGUGUCGUACAUGGUGGACGUGCGAAAGGACUCGAACGAGUCUUCGUCAGUGUAUUCGGAGGACGAGCACCAGCAGCAGCAGCAGCAGCAGCAGCAGCAGCAGCAGCAGCAGCAGCAGCAGCAGCAGCAGGAGCGGCUGCGCAGCUCCUCCUUCACCCGCCCUUCCGCCAGCAGAAGCCGCAGCACUGCAGCAAGCAAUCUGGAGAGCAGCAGAUCGAGAGGGUCUCGAGCAGCUCCGACUUUUUCGCAAACCUCCGUCAAACUGGACUCCGUCAGCAACGACGCAAUUGAAAGCGAGGGGGGUUUGAGCGCGGUGGCUCUGGAGGACAUUCUGGACCCCCACAUCGAAGCUCUUUUUGCUGCUCGCGAAGAAAUGCCGGAUUGUUUAAAAGCAAAUGUAAACGCUGUUUUAGGGGUUAUAAACCAGCAAGGGUUUGACGCGCCCGUCGGAGAACUCCUCGCCGCCGUCGACGAGCGCGUGAGCGAAAUCCCCCUGGAGGCCUGCAGACAACUCGCUAGUUUGGUGGAUGUCAGUUUGGAGUUGGAAAAAUAUUUGAGAGAAAUGCCUGGCGAGCGCAGAGACCCUCUGUGGUGGAUGGGCUCAAUUGCAUGCCUCAAGGUGCAGAUUCCUCCAAACCACAAGAUUCAGGCCUUGUUCAACUUGGCUUCUGUUUCUUGCUUCGAUGGCAAACCCUACACGAUGCAUGAUUUAUUAGAUUGGGACUUUCACGUUUUGUCUUUGCCUGAGCCGGAGGCCGUGCGCCUCUGCAGGGACUUGCUGAUGUACUACGCGGAGCGAGCCUCUCUUGGAGUCAGAGGAGAAAUCAUUAUGAACUUCUGCGGGGCUUUGCAUGCAAAUUAUUUGCCAAACCCUUAUCACAAUUUCUACCACGCCCUCAACGUGGUCCAGGUGCUUUGUUUGCUGCUGGCGCUGCCCGACGUGGGGGCCCGCUUUACUCCCACAGAUUAUUUUGUUCUUUCUGUUGCUGCUCUUGGCCACGACUUGGGGCACCCAGGGUUUAACAAUCUGUUCAUGCAGCGCAACCAGUGUUGGCCAGCUCGGAUUUACAACAACGUUUCUAUCCUCGAGAAUUACCACGCAGCCUCGUUGCUGCAGAUCCUUCGGGUGCCGCACAUGGACGUGUUUGCGGGUUUGUCGGACUCGGAGUUGCCCGCAGUUCGCGAGCGAAUUAUAAACGCCAUUAUGUGGACUGACAUGGCGAAGCACUUCGACAUGGUGGCGCAGCUAGACGGCAAAAUCCAA